AGGGGGCGGGACCAGGAGCUCACGUGACCACACCGCGCUGACGCCACCAGCGCCGCCGUGUUUACAUAUUUUUCGCCCCGGGUGCUGUGCUGAGUUCGCCGCCGCGGGGUCAGCGCGGCUGUGACCUCCGCCCCCGCAGGCCCCGCCCCCCGGCGAUGACUGACACCCGCGGGCGCUCAGGGGGGCGGGGCCCCCACCCGGGGCCAAAACAAACAGCGCCGGGGCCCGGCGGUCGCGCAUUCGGUCAACGAGCGCGCAGCGAACUCGUACGCUACCCGCGCGGCCCCGGACGGCACAAGAAGCGGCGGCGGAAGCGGCGGAUUAGGGCUCCGGGGGGUAGCGGACGAUCCCGCGGCGUCCUGAGGAGUCGAUCGAUUAACGCGCAAACUCCUGCACGAGCCACGGAGCCCCGGCCGCGGCGCCCACGGCUCCGGACGGACAAAUGGCGACGACGAACUCGGCGAUGUCUCCGCUCCCGGCCCUCGCGCUCCUCCUCCUGCUCCGCGUGUGCGGCGCCCGCGACCCCGCGCGGCCCAACUUCGUCAUCAUCAUGGCCGACGACCUGGGCAUCGGGGACCUCGGCUGCUACGGGAACAGCACGCUCAGGUGGGGACACGCGUGUGCGGGCGGGGACGAGUGACGCGUGCCUGUGUCACCCGUGCCCACGCGUGUCCCCCCCCAGGACGCCCAGCGUGGACCGCCUGGCGCGCGAGGGCGUGAAGCUGACGCAGCACCUGGCGGCCGCGCCCCUGUGCACACCGAGCCGUGCGGCCUUCCUCACGGGGCGCUAUGCCGUGCGCGCUGGCAUGGCCUCGCACAACCGCCUGGGCGUGUUCCUGUUCACGGCGUCCUCGGGCGGGCUGCCCCCCAGCGAGGUCACCUUCGCACAGCGGCUGCGGGCGCGUGGAUACCGCACGGGCCUGGUUGGGAAGUGGCACCUGGGCGUGAGCUGCCGCCACCGGGACGACUUCUGCCACCACCCGCAGCGCCACGGGUUUGAGUCCUUCCACGGCUUUCCACUGACCAACCUGCGCGACUGCAUCCCGGGCUCAGGCUCUGUGUUCUACUCCAGCAGGCACCUGGUGGUGCAUGUGCCAGUGCAGGUGCUGCUUGUGUGUGCGCUCACACUCGCGCUACUGCACCUCCUGGGGCUGGCGCGUGUGCCCGUGGCAGUGGUGGUGGUGCCCGUCCUGCUCACAGUCGCCGUGGCCGGUGGCUUCUUCGCCUUUUUGCACUAUUUCCGCCCCGCGAACUGUGUCCUCAUGACCGGGUUCGAGGUGGUGCAGCGGCCAGCAUCCUACGAGGAGCUCACACAGAGGCUCACGCGAGAGGCUGUGGGCUUCCUGGAGAGACACGCGCACACGCCCUUCCUGCUGUUCCUCUCCUUCCUCCACGUCCACACUGCACACUUUGCGGCCCCGAAAUUCGCCGGACGCAGCCGCCAUGGAGUCUACGGGGACGCAGUCGAGGAGCUGGACUGGAGUGUGGGGCAGAUCCUGGACGCACUUGACCACCUGGGCCUGGCGAAUGACACGCUCGUCUACUUCACAUCUGACCACGGCGCCCACGUGGAGGAAGUGAGCGAGGAGGGCGAGAUGCACGGUGGCAGCAAUGGGAUCUACAAAGGUGGCAAGGCCACCAACUGGGAGGGCGGCAUCCGCGUGCCUGGUGUGGUCCGCUUCCCGCGGGAGCUUGGCCGUGGCCUGGAGCUGGCGGAGCCCACGAGCCACAUGGACGUCUUCCCCACGGUGCUGGCGCUGGCGGGGGCGGAGCUUCCUGCCGACAGGAUCAUCGACGGCAGGGACCUGAUGCCGCUGCUGCGGGGGACGCGCAUGCAGUCGGAGCACGAGUUCCUCUUCCACUACUGCAACGCUUACCUCAACGCCGUGCGCUGGCGGCCACAGGACGGCUCCGCCCUCUGGAAAGUCUUCUACUUCACGCCCAACUUCGACCCGGGCACCAAUGGCUGCUUCUCCUCGCACGUGUGCUUCUGCUUCGGCAAACACAUCACACGCCACGACCCUCCACUGCUCUUCGACCUCACACGUGACCCCAGUGAGCGCCGCCCCCUGACCCCGGAAUCCGAGCCACGAUACCACGCGGUCCUGGCGGCCGUGGGGGAGGCGGUGGCCGCGCACACACGCACACUCGAUCCCGAGGUGCCCCAGCAGCUGUCGCUCAGCAACCUGGUGUGGAAGCCGUGGCUGCAGCUGUGAUGUCACUUGACACAUGCGUGACCCCUCUGUAACUCCGGCAAUAUCUGUCUCCGGGAUCACGUGACAAUCACGGAUCCCCUCCCCCCAGCACACGUGAACACAAAUGAAGGAUGCGGGCCUCGCACACCCCCCACACAUGAAGGACACACACGCUGUCAAGCGCGAAGACACACGCUUGUGAAAACCCCACCCUUGUGAACCCCGCUGUCUGGCUUGUGAUACAGGCAUGUGCUACAGUCCUGACUCAGGUCUGACACACGUGUGAGCUCCACAUGCACAUCCCGGCCAGUUCCGAUCAGUGUUUCCAUGAAGAUGGCGUGGCAUCCUGCGCCGCCCGACACGUGUGUGCGAGCGCCAGGACACACGCAAAAUCUGCACUUUAUCAUUAUUUUAUUUUCCUCUCAUUUUGACCCCACAUGGGACCUGGAAGAAAUAAACUCACGAGUCCUAUCCGGCGUCCACUGUAAAGGAAAAUUUUAACACAUGUGAAACACACGAUCUCGUACUUAAUCUCCCCCCCUCCACCGCGUCCGCACAACACUGGAAUAAAACGACACUGGCGAUGAG